AUGCCUUACAAAUCUCGCUGGACCGUUUCCGUCCCUGACUGCUCCUUACCGACCUUCCUUUUCAAAUCUCCUACGCACGACUUGGGCGAGAACCGUGCCUUUUCUGAGGCUGCCCGUCCCGAAACUCACUACAUCACCCGUAAUCAGUUUCGUUUGUGGGCGCAACGGUUUGCCCUUGGUUUGCUCAGGUCCAAACACUUCAAGAAAGGGGACAGGGUGUUACUAUUCAGUGGGAAUGAUCUCUUCGUGCCCGUGGUUUUCAUGGGCGUCCUGUGCGCAGGCGGCAUUUUUACUGGCGCGAACCCGACCUUUGUUGCGCGAGAGUUAGCCCACCAACUAAAGGACAGCGGCUCCACAUACCUGCUGUGCUCGGACGCUGCUGUUGAGACAGGUAUUGAAGCUGCUAAGCUAGCUGGCCUAGAUCCGCGAGAGAGGGUUUAUGUGUUCAAUUCAAAAAUAUUCGAUGGCGAGACCCAGGGGGUGCACGGCCUUAGAUAUUGGAGCGAGCUCUUCGCAUCAGAGCAAGAUGCCCGUGGGUUCCGGUGGGAUGAUCUAGCGGGGCCCGGCGAGUGUGAUACGACCCUGGCUCUCAAUUACUCCUCCGGUACAACAGGAGUACCGAAAGGUGUAGAAAUCACGCACAAGAAUUACAUCUCUAACACACUUCAGGUCGCGCAAAUGGCCACUCUAUUUGCCGACUAUAAGGCUCGUAAUGCCCGAGCUUCGUGGCUUUGUUUUCUACCACUUUAUCAUGCAUAUGGGCAAACCUUCUUUGUCGCAGGGGCGUUCAACAGGAGCGUCCCCGUGUAUAUCAUGCCCAAGUUCGAUUUUCUGAAGUUCCUUGAAUACACCCAGAGGUUUAAAAUCACAGAUUAUCAGCUUGUUCCACCAAUUGCAGUGCUUCUAGCUAAGCACCCUGCUGUGAAAGACUACGACUUGAGCUCGGUUGAGAACAUUGGCUGUGGUGCAGCGCCUUUGGGAAGAGAUGUGUCUUUGCAGAUCGAGAACAGGCUGGCCAGUGGAUUGAAUUUGAAGCAGGGUUGGGGAAUGACUGAAUGUACGUGCUCUCUGCUUGGAUGGGACCCCAAUCAGAUCUCGACUUCCGCGGCAGUCGGCGAACCAAACGCAAACUGUGAAGCCAAGAUCAUGACCGAGGAUGGCACCGCAGAGGUCACAGAAAGGGGGCCCAAAGCAGUCGGCGAACUCUGGUGUCGCGGCCCCAAUGUCAUGAAAGGUUACUGGCGCAACGAGAAAGCUACCAAGGAGACCCUCACGCCAGACGGCUGGCUCCGAACUGGAGACAUCGCUUACGUCGACGAGGACGGCAAGUUCUUCAUAGUAGACCGAAUGAAAGAACUCAUCAAGGUAAAAGGCAACCAAGUUGCGCCCGCUGAACUCGAGGCCCUGCUGUUGGAACACCCAGGCAUCGCAGACGCAGCAGUCAUUGGCAUGCCAACCGAAGACGGCGACGAGAAGCCUCGUGCCUUCAUCGUCCGACAGGUCGGCCUCGCCGGCGAAAAUCUCACAGGCCAAGAAGUGCAGAAGUUUGUCGAAGAAAAAGUCGUCAGGUACAAACGCCUGGCUGGUGGCGUGGAAUUCCUUGACGCCAUCCCCAAGAACCCCUCCGGCAAGAUCCUCAGGAGGCAGUUGAGAGAUGCAACGAGGGAGAGGCUGCGGAAAGAAGGCGCAAGGUUGUAG